GUUGGUGAAGAAAGAGUUGUUUUGCAGCUUCAAAACGGACAGAGAGCCUCUCACUUCCUGUUUGCAGUUGCUCAGUCUUUCUCAGAGGGUGACAUCCUGCUGAGAGCCGUCGAGGAAGCAGCAAAGCAGAGAACACCUAGCCUGCAGAAAGGAGGUUGCGUUCCGUGUGAAACCAUGUCGGGGAUGAUCGGGUGCUACGUGCUGGAUGGAUUUCUCAUCCUCUACGGGAUCAUCCUCACUGUCCUGUACUUCAGACUGAAGAUAACUUCGGACAAAAAAUCCCCCACCCGGCAUCUUGAGAAGCAGCCCGCUGAGGGAGGCAUCUAUGCGGGUCUGACCUCCCCCAGCGCUGACACGUACGACACCGUCAGGACCAAUAAAAAGUUAAUGGUGGCAUGAGCGCAGGAAGAUGCUGAGCAAGAAAACGAGCUUCACCCACUGCACUGUGAAUGUGUGCGGAAUCUCUUUACUGUCCCUCUUUGUAAAGUUAAUCUCUUUGUCAUUUGUGCAAUAACCAUUAAAUUAAUUUAGCAGCUUA